GUCUUCGGACUUUCCACUGCUCCUGGGCUUUCUGUCUGUCUUUCGGGCGUUCUUCAGCUCGCCGGCCGCGGUACUGGGAAGCGUCCGACUCUAGUCACUAUUCUCAAGUGAAGACAGUGAACAACUUCUCAGGCAGAUAUGAGACAAUUAUAAAAUUUCCUAAAGAUAGUAGAGAUUUUACACAGUGGAUGAAUGAACAGGCGACUUCCACGCACCAGGAGCAGAUCCGAAGCCAAUUUGUUGGUUAUCAACAGAUGUUUUGCUGUUGACUUCACAGCAUUAUAAUUAUCUCAUAAAACUCUGUCAUUGCUCAACACAAGAAGAAAAAGGAGAAGGACACUUGGUCCCUGCAGAUGACACUUGGUUGUUUGGCUGAAUGACAUAUUUAAGUAGUUUAUGAACUCAGUAGGUGCUGUAGUUUCAUGCACAGGACGCAGAUGACAGUACCCUCCUUCAUGACUUCUAAGGAAACAAAGUCAGAAUCAGCCCUAUGGGAUAACACUGUCAACCAAUAAUGUCAGUUGCAAUACGCAAGAGAAGUUGGGAGGACCAUGUGACUCAUCCCUCAGGACCACAAUAUAGCUACGAUGAUCUUGACCUGAUUUGUUGCCACGGUGUUGACAGCGAGGGCCUUUGGAGAGGUUCAGGGGACUCCAAGCAGGGCCGAUGGACAAGGUGUGCCUCCAUGCCGGAGGGUUGCCACCAACUGCUCACAGAUGAGCUUGCUGAGAGGCCGGGUGUGACCACGUCUGGACUACAUGAUGAGAUCCAUUUAGAUCAUGUGAAGUUAGCAUACGGUGUUGAAGCUUCAAUUGAAAAGUUUGUUUGCAGCCCUCACAAAUGUCUGGAUGUGCCACAAAGGGUUCCAGACAACCUGAAGACUGCUAAGCAUUUUGACUGCAUGUCACAAAGUGACAAAAGCAGUGCUGUUAUUUUUUGUGGAAUGGAUAACAACGCUCAGGAAAAGGUUGAUGGUAAAAAUGGGGUCAGCACAGAGAUUCAUGAUGUCUUUAAAAAUUCACAUAUCUAUCAUGACGAGCCACAAUGCAUCUCUAUUUCUUCAAACAAUGGGCCUCCACUGCCACAUUCUGCUGCCGGACAGCCUAGCAAACUUCCAAAUCAUUGGCAAACAAAGGAAGGACAUACAGAUGGUUACAGCAGACCUCAUGAAAUCUCGGAGGCUACACAGAAGUCGUGCUCAGCUGCUCAACAAGGACCUCAGAAUGACCUCCCAGAUGUCGAGGAAGUGAUUUCCCUCCAUGGCCAUGCCAGGACAAAGAUAACCUUGGAUGUCGGUGUACUCGGUUUAUUCACUAAAAUGGAUGGUCUUCUUGUGAUGUCAUUGGCGAACAAAGCUGUGGAGCCAGUUGUAACAUCAGUGGGAGAAGGAAAAUGUGACAAAGAAUCAAUUGAAACCUGGAGCACGGAUUCAUCUGACAAACUGGAUGGAUUAAAUAACCCAGAAACUAUAAAUGAUAAAUCAGGGCACAAGCAUCUUUCCAGAGACAUUCACAAGGGAAAGCAGGAUGUCGCUGGAGCAUCGGAUCAGCCCCCUGGUAGUAAAAUGUCCUUCCAGACAUCAUCAGAGCACCAUGAGUUUGGAUCAAGACCAAAUAAAAUGUCUCUAGAGGAGGAAAGUAGAGAUGAAGAAAGCAGCCAAAACUCUGAAGAUGUCAUGUUGCAGCCAAUCAUAGCACCUGAUAUUUCUGUCAAGGUUCAGUGUUUUUCAGUCAACUGUAAGGUGCCAUGUCUGCAAGAAGGAUUGGCGAAGUCAAAAGAAACAUGCACACAGAAAACUAUUAUUCAACAAGUAGAGUCCAACUUGACUAUGACGAUUGCUAGUCAGCCAAACAAAGACUUUGAUCAAAUUUAUUCAUCAUUGGAAACAAUCCCAGCGUUGAGUCAUGUUGAGGCAGAUGGUUGGCGUGUACCUGCUCCAGAGACUAUCCCCAAAACAUUUCUCUGCCAUAAGGACGCUGAAUGUGCAGCGGCUGAAAAAAAAUCCCUAAACCUGCUUCCACUCUCAGUAGAGGUCAACAAUGUGCUCUCGCCGGAGGGACUCCAUGGCAACGAAGCCUCUGGUCGCCUCAGUGAGUCACCUGCCUCUAUGGUAGCAGAUGGUCAGAGUGAACGACACACGCAAGUGGCCACCUCAAGAACCCAGCAGCCGGACACUGCGGGGGACUCCAUUCCCUCGACACACACAUAUCCUAUCAAUCUAUCUUUAGAUGGGAUGUGUGAGUCUGGAGUUCAGAAGGAGGAGGAAGGGGUGAAAGUCCGCAUCAAGAAGAGAGACCAUGUCCGUCUGGAUUCGAUGGUUCUACUAAUGAUGAAGCUGGACCAGUUGGACCAAGAAAUUGAAAAUACCCUGAGUGCCAACUCUUCCAUCGGAAGCACCCCCACCCUCCCUCAGCGACGACUACCAGACUUUGAUUUGGGAUCAGUACCCAUAGCAUCAUACAUGCAGCAUUUGCAUGGCCCUGGCACCCCAGCUUCAAUCCCAAUAGCCUUUGGAGCAAAACCAAAGAGUGGGAGUAUCCCAAUUCCAGAGAGGACAAAAGCAGAGAUUGAGGCCAAAGAGGCCUGUACAUGGCUUCGAGCAGCAGGCUUCCCACAGUAUGCCCAACUUUAUGAAGAUGCCCUGUUUCCCAUUGACAUCUCCUCAGUCACCAGGGACCACGACUUCCUAGAUCGGGAUGCCAUUGAGGCUCUCUGCAGGAGGCUCAACACCCUCAACAAGUGUGCUCUAAUGAGACUGGAGAUAUCACCUCAAAGAAAAAGGAGUGAAGACUCAGAUGACGAUGAACCCUGUGCUAUCAGUGGCCGCUGGACCUUUCAGAGAGACAGCAAGCGCUGGUCCCGGAUGGAGGAACUGGACGUUUUCUCCUCAUUGUGCACAGAUAGCGCGCAAGCACCUCCAACAAAGGACCAAGUAUCCAAAAAAAACAAGCUGGCCCUAUGUGAGGGAAACAGUUCAGAGAGUGUUCUGACGGAUCUCAGUGAGCAGCCUGAAGUGGGUUCCAUCCAUAGCAGUGGUAGUGGCGGAAGAGCAGAGGAGAAAAGCCGUGAUGCCACCCUCUAUUUACCAAACGAAACCAUUCCCAUUGGAGCCACGCGUGCGAGCUCUGUUGUAAGCGUGUGUUCAUCCUCAGGUACAGGCGGGUCAGUAUGUGCUAAUGAGGACUCACUGUCUGAUGGGUUGCCUCCAUCACCUUUGGAGAUGCUCGGACAGUUCACCUUCGAUCUGAAAAUGGGAGAACUUGGAGGAAGCCUGGACCGUGGUGGUGGCAGUGGUAAAAGCACAUGUUCACGAGCCAAGAGCUUUCUAAAGAGGAUGGAAAGUCUACGUCUCCGCACUGGAACCACUUCUAGGAGAAAGAAGAAACCGAGCAUCAGUGGUGGGAAGAUUGAGAUCAGCGGCCCUGUGAUCAAAGAGGGUCUUGAUGAUGACAAGUUGCGGAGUCUCAACUGUGUGGAUAUUCCAAGUCUCAACCUAAACCAGAACCUUAAUCACCAACACCUCUCAACUCAGACGAUGACGCUUAGCAGGAAUCGUUCUGUAUCCUAUUCUACUCAGACUAGCAAUGGUAGCACUGGAAGCACUGGGAGCAGCCAAUCAGAAGCCAGCAGUGGCAGUGCAGUUAGCACUCCAAGCCCAGUGACUCGCACUCGUAGUCACAGCACCGCAGCAGGCUCCGGUAAGAGAGGGGGGAUGUACUUGGAAGGUUUUGAUCCGUUCAGUAUUCUCCAGCAAGCAGCUGAUCGGCAACCAUCACCAACACCCAAAUCAUCCCCACCUAUCCCAUGUCAACCAAAUAUUAUGAGCAUUGACGAGCAGAACCAAAGAAACAACCACAGAAUUCAGGAGAAUGGCAGCCAAGUAGAGCAAGAAGACAAUGAAGGCAGGCUCUUUUUCUAUUUACCAGAAGGUCACAAGCCAGGCACUUUCCCCAAAGCGUUGCAAGAUGGGGGUUCACACAAUAACAAUGGUAAUGACAAUGGGAACUCUGUGAUCCUGAGAGGACGGCAAAGUAGACACCUGCGUCGGGUUUCUUCUGGCUCAGUGGACAGUCGCCUCAGUUUUUAUGACAAUGUCCCAUACAUAGAGCGAGAUGAGGCUGUGGAGGGGGAUGAACGAAAACUGGAGGAAGUGUUACAACAUGUGAGCGGGCUGCAACACUUUGUGAACGCCUGGUCUGAGGAUGUGGUGGCCGGUGAGGAGGAAGAAGAAGAAGAUGAGGAGGAAGAGGAAGGAGACUCUGAUUCAGCAUUGGAUUCGGCCUCACCAUGCCCAUCCUCUCCUCUACAGAACCGUCUAGAAGAGACCGAGAAUGGAAGUGACCAAGACAGCACAGGGAACCCGCUGGGGGAGGGGGAGGAAGGGAUGAGGGAGAGGAGUGAUUCUGGUGUUGGAGCAUCACUAACAAGAACCAGCAGGCCACAGAAACUCCGCUGGUUGAGCUUCCAUAACUCCCAUCGGCCAAGUUUGGCCUCUGCCCAGUUCCAGAUUAGCUGCCAGUCUGUACUGCAGAUGAAUCUUCUUCAGAAACUGUCACUGCUGCAGCUCACCGCUCUUCUGGAGAGGCACACCCCAACAAACAAACAUGGCUUUAGCUGGGCUGUUCCAAAAUUUAUGAAGCGGAUAAAGGUGCGUGACUACAAAGGCAGGAAUGUGUUCGGGGUUCCACUGCAAGUCAUCGUCCAGCGCACUGGUCAGCCCCUCCCUCAAGGCAUCCAACAAGCUAUGCGCUACUUGCGAAACCAGUGCUUAGACCAGGUGGGUCUUUUCAGAAAGUCGGGAGUGAAGUCACGUAUCCAGGCUCUGCGUCAGAUGAACGAGGCCAAUGGGGCCGAUGGAGGUGGACUCAGCUAUGAGGGUCAAUCUGCUUACGACGUUGCUGACAUGCUCAAACAGUACUUCCGGGAUUUGCCCGAACCCCUGCUCACCAGCAAACUGUCGGAGACAUUUCUUCAGAUCUAUCAGUACAUGCCCAAAGAGCUUCGCCUCCAUGCUGCCCGCGCAGCUGUACUGCUGCUCCCCGAUGAGCAUCGCGAGGCACUGCGGACACUGCUGUGCCUGCUGAGUGAUGUGACAGCCAGCGUGAGGGAGAACCAGAUGACACCCACCAACCUGGCUGUCUGCCUGGCGCCAUCUGUAUUCCAUCUCAACACCCUGAAGCGCAAGGAGAGCUCCUCUCCAAGGGUGAUGAACAGAAAGCAGACUUUGGGAAAGCCAGACCAGAGAGACCUGAACGAGAACCUAGCCGCGACCCACGGUCUCACGCACAUGAUCCAAGAGUGCAGAAAACUUUUCUGGAUCCCCGAGGAGAUGAGACGCUGUAGGAACUCAUAUGUGGAACAGGCCUUGCUACCGCGACCCUUGGAGGAACUGUCGGGUAGCGAUGGUGGAGGAGGAGGAUACCGCUCCUAUCUGCGUGACGGUCUUGACACUCUCCUCAAGGAAGCCAAGGACAAGUUUAAAGGUUACGACAGUUUCUCUACCACCGAGCAAGCUGAACUGGCCUAUCGGAAGGUACACGACGGCUUCCCACUGAGGCUGUGGAAGGUGACCGUGGAGGUGCCUGCAGUUCCUGAGGAGGUACUGACCCGGUUGCUGAGGGAGCAGGCGCGCUGGGAUGAGGACCUAUACGAGAGUCGUGUGGUGGAAAGCUUGGACGAGAGGACUGAGGUGUAUCAGUAUGUCCGGAACACCAUGGCUCCCCAUCCCAUGAGGGACCACCUGGUGCUCCGAACAUGGAUAACAGAUUUGCCAAAGGGGGCAUGUGCCCUGGUGUCUACAUCAGUGGAUCACGCUGCGGCACCCGUGGUGGGUGUGCGCGUCAAUGUUCUCCUCUCACGCUACUUAAUCGAACCCUGGGGAGCCAACAAGUCCCGACUCACGCACAUUUCCAGAAUUGACUGCAGGGGUCGCUUCCCGGAGUGGUACAACAAACUUCACGGACACUUGUGUGCUGCUGAGGUGACGCGGAUUCGUGAUUCCUUCAUGUUGUCCAUGGAGAAACGAGACUGACUUCUCAAUGUCGAUCCAAGAGUAAGGAAGACCUUCCAUAAACACAAAAACAAGGAAGAACUUUGGCUCCUGGAUUUGAAGGACUUUUUUUUAAAACCAUAUUCUUGAUGUUACUAUACAAAAUGCCCCCUCGUCCUGCCAUCCAAAUAUGUGGGCCAAAGAACAUUGAGUAGAUGCUAUGUGUGGCUUCAUCCAAAGAGUGCUAUUGCUUCUGAGAAGCAAAGGUGAUUGCAUGUCUCAUGAAUGCAACUAACAUACUGCAGUGUACAGUGCUGUGAAAAACACUUCUUAAAUUUGUAUAGUGUUACAUAGUUUAACCACUUUAAGAUCAUCAAACAAAUGCCAAUAUAAGACAUAUAAUCUAAGUGAACUUACACUGUUGUUUGUGAAUGGAGAUUUCACCUGUUGAAGGAAAAAGAGCUAUUCAAAGUUAGCUGGUCCUGUGUAGGAAAAGUAAUGGUGCCCGAAACCUUAUAAAUGGUUGGGCCAUUCUCAACAGCAACCCCUGAAAUAAAGCCUUUUCUAUCAUCUCUGUGGAGAUAUUUUGACCCAGUCACAGUUGCACAUUUCUAGGAAUUCAUAAAAAAUGGAGGGUUCUCCAGCACAAACCGCCUUUUCAAGGUCAUCUUACUGCUUCUCAAUCGGAUUCAAAUUUAACUCUGAGCAGGCCACCUUAGAACCUUUUUUUUUUUUUUUUAAAGCCAUUCAGAAGUUGACUUGCUGAGGUGUUUUUGAUCAUUAUCCUACUGCAGAACCCAAAUACACUUCAACCUGAGGGCACAAACUGAUGGCUGAACAUUCUCCUUCAGGAUUUUCUGUUAAAGAGCAGAAUUCACGGUUCCCUCAAGAACAGCAAGACCUAACCCUAACCCUUAUGCAGGUCCUGAAAGAGCAAAGCAGCCCAAAACAAUGCAUUACACCACCAUGUGUGAAUGUUCUUUUCCAGAAAUGCUGUGCAGACUUAAGACACACACCUUCCAAAGAGCUCAACUUUCACCUCGUCAGUCCAUAUAAUACUCUCCAGAAAUUCUGGGGAAUCAUUUAGAUGUUGUUGUUUUUCCCCCAAAAGGAAGCCCUUUUUGUUCUUUUUAGUCAGCAGUGGUUUUCGCCUCAGAACUCGGAACAUGGAUGCCAUUUUUGCCAGCCUCUUCUUUAUUGUCAUCUCAUGAACACGGACCUUAAUUGAGCCAAGUGAGGCCUGUUCCUUUAGAAGUUGUCCUGAGUUCCUUUGUGGCUUCCUGGAAGAGUUUUUGCUGUUCUCUUGGGGUGGUAAUAUGUGUAGGCCGGCUACUCCUGGGAAGCUUCAUUACUUUUCCGUGUUUUCUCAUGUGAUGAUAAUACCUCUCUCCCUAUGGAUCACUGAAAUCCUAAAACUUUAUAAAUGGCUUUUGUCUAUUUGUCAAUGAUUUUAUUUCAUGACUGUUCUCAAAUUGCUUUGGAUUUUGUUAUUUUGUUGCAGCUUUUUUCACUCUCUUGUCUGACUUGUUUUUGUCACGACAGGUUCUGUUUGAUUUACCAGUUCUGGAAAUAAUCAAGCUUGAGUGUGAUCAGUGAAAACGAAUCAAAACCUGUGAUUAGCCAUGAUUCAUUACAAAUUUAACAAGUAGGAGUAAUUACAUUUUCACACAAAGCCAGGAAACUGGAUAGUUUGGAUUUUUUUUUUAAUGAAUGAACUCACCAUUUUAUCAUGACCUUUUAAGUUCACUUGUGUUAUAGUUGUCUGAUAUUGACAUUUGUUGGAUGAUCGUAACCAAGGUGGGGAAACAAUGGGAAAAUAUGAAUUUGAGAAAGGGGCCAAUACACUUUCAUGGCACCACGUAUACGUGAACUACUCUUUCCACACCUAAUAUCAAUGCUGUCUGUUUGUCUUGUCUUAUGACCGUCCCUUUUUUUUUUUUUUUUUUUUCUCUGCAACAACCCGUGGGAGGAAGUGCAUACUAUAUUUAUGAUGUUGCACAGAUUGAUGAGUGCAUAGCUGAAGAAAGACCUGAAUGUACUGGCCCAGGGACAGAAUGAUAUGUGGGAUGGAGAGGAGAGAAUACAAAAUGGUGGCCGGCUCACCAAAAGCAGCGGGAGAGCACCAUGACAUCUUCCUGAACAUUCCAUUUCAAUGAAUGAUUAGUGUUGAAGACUUUAAUAGAUACAAACAGACCAAAUCCAAGAAAAAGCACCCUUGAUCUUUCCAGGUUUUUCCACAGCAGAAACUGUGUACUUUGCACACCAACACAUGUCAUUUCUAAGAAUUGUGACUGUCAAACUGCAUGAAAACACAACACGUUCAUUGUAGAAAAGAAAUGGCGACAGAAAAGGUCCUUUUAUAAAGGUGGAGAUUUUACAGGUUUUACUGUAAAGAUGAGGGCAGAUUGCAUGUUUGUGUGCUUUUUAAAAAAAGAAAGAAAAACAAGCUUCUCUCCGUGUAGUUGUUCACUUGCUUUAACACCGCUGUCUGCAUUCUUCACUUAAACCAAUGUCAAUAUCUUUACUGUAACCAUGUCGCUAUACCAAAUAAUAACACGACAAUGAACGUUAAUUUAAAGCAAAUAUAUUUAUAUCUCAGAUAUGUUUGUUUUGUAUGGUUUUGUUGUAAUGUAAAUGUUACGCUCUGUUAUUGAAAUGGAAAAAAUAAUCCUUUAUCUUUUUUAUUAAUGUUAUUUCUGUACAGUUUAAUCAGAGUGCACUAUUAAAUAUAUUAAAAUACA